ACCUGCCCUGAGCACAGCUUCAUCUAUCUGUGAGUUCAUGUGACCUCACCUUGCUGGUUCACCCUGGAGAGGAGAUCCCAAGACUGACACCUCUCAGCUCGUGCCCAGUGCUGACUGCAGUCGUCUGCAACCGGUCCCCGACCGCACCAGACACACAGCUGGACGAAGAAUGCUCAGGGGCCGCUCCUUGUCUGUGACGUCCCUUGGUGGGCUCCCUGCAUGGGAAGCUGAAAGACUCCCCGUGGAAGACUUAUUGCUUUUUGAAGUUUCCUGGGAAGUGACCAACAAAGUUGGGGGCAUCUGUACUGUGAUCCAGAGCAAAGCCAAAACCACAGCCAAUGAAUGGGGAGAGAAUUACUUCCUGAUAGGUCCGUAUUUUGAGCAUAAUGUGAAGACUCAAGUAGAGCCGUGCGAGCCCGCCAACGAUGCCGUCAGAAAAGCCGUGGAUGCCAUGAACAAACAUGGCUGCCAGGUGCAUUUUGGAAGAUGGCUCAUAGAAGGGAGUCCGUACGUGGUGCUUUUUGACAUCAGCUCCUCAGCGUGGAACCUGGACAGGUGGAAGGGAGACUUCUGGGAAGCAUGUGGCGUUGGCAUCCCUCACAACGACCGAGAAGCCAAUGACAUGCUCAUAUUUGGGUCUUUAACUGCCUGGUUCUUAAAGGAGGUGACGGACCAUGCAGAUGGUAAACACGUCAUUGCCCAAUUCCAUGAAUGGCAGGCUGGAACUGGACUGAUCCUUUCUCGUGCCAGGAAACUCCCCAUCGCCACAAUAUUUACAACCCAUGCCACACUGCUGGGGCGGUAUCUCUGUGCCGCAAAUAUUGACUUCUACAACCAGCUUGAUAAGUUCAACAUAGACAAAGAGGCCGGGGAGAGGCAGAUUUAUCACCGCUACUGCAUGGAGCGAGCUUCCGUGCACUGUGCGCACGUGUUUACCACAGUGUCAGAAAUCACAGCCAUCGAGGCGGAGCACAUGCUGAAGAGGAAGCCUGAUGUGGUGACUCCAAAUGGCUUGAAUGUUAAGAAGUUUUCUGCGGUGCACGAAUUUCAAAAUCUCCAUGCCACGUACAAGGCCAGGAUACAGGAUUUUGUUCGAGGUCAUUUCUAUGGCCACCUGGACUUCGAUCUUGAAAAGACGUUAUUUCUUUUCAUUGCUGGGAGGUAUGAGUUCUCCAACAAGGGAGCGGACAUCUUCCUAGAAUCCUUAUCCAGGCUCAAUUUCCUCCUAAGGAUGCAUAAGAGUAACGUCACCGUGGUAGUGUUUUUCAUCAUGCCUGCCAAGACAAACAAUUUCAACGUGGAAACCCUGAAGGGCCAGGCGGUGCGGAAACAGCUGUGGGACACUGUGCAUUGUAUGAAGGAAAAGUUUGGAAAGAAACUCUACGAUGGGUUAUUAAGAGGAGAAAUACCUGACAUGAAUAGUAUUUUGGAUCGAGAUGACUUAACAAUUAUGAAAAGAGCCAUUUUUUCAACUCAGAGACAGUCUUUGCCUCCUGUGACCACUCACAAUAUGAUCGACGAUUCCACGGAUCCCAUCCUCAGCACCAUUCGACGAAUUGGACUUUUCAACAAUCGCACAGACAGAGUCAAGGUGAUUUUACACCCAGAAUUCCUGUCCUCCACCAGCCCCCUACUACCAAUGGAUUAUGAAGAGUUUGUCCGAGGCUGUCAUCUUGGGGUAUUUCCAUCAUACUAUGAGCCCUGGGGUUACACGCCAGCCGAAUGCACAGUGAUGGGCAUCCCCAGUGUGACUACGAACCUCUCUGGUUUCGGGUGUUUCAUGCAGGAGCAUGUGGCUGAUCCUACCGCGUACGGUAUUUAUAUCGUUGACAGACGCUACCGCUCUCCAGAUGAUUCUUGCAACCAGCUGACUCAGUUUCUCUACGGGUUCUGUAAACAGUCCCGCCGCCAAAGAAUCAUCCAGAGGAACCGCACUGAAAGGCUCUCAGAUCUUCUGGACUGGAGAUACCUGGGCAGAUAUUACCAGCAUGCCAGACACCUGACACUGAGCAGGGCUUUUCCAGACAAAUUCCACCUGGAACCCACAUCCCCACCAACGACGGAUGGCUUUAAGUAUCCCAGGCCCUCCUCAGUACCACCUUCCCCAUCAGGAUCCCAGACCUCAAGUCCUCAGAGCAGCGAUGUGGAAAAUGAAGGGGAUGAGGAUGAGAGAUAUGAUGAGGAAGAGGAGGCUGAGAGGGACCGGCUAAACAUCAAGUCACCAUUUUCCCUGAACCACAUCCCAAAGGGGAAGAAAAAGCUUCAUGGAGAAUAUAAGAACUGAACUCAAAUGAAAUGAUUCCAAAUCCACAAGAAAAUGAGCUGAGCCCAAGUCCAUCCCUGAUGCAUACCGACAGAUAUUUACAGCAUGACGUCGGAAAUCUAGAAUCUGUGUCCAGAUCAUUGAUAGUAACUUGUAACCACCGACAUGUGUCAUCAUACUGUAAUGGUGAUUAGGUUGUCUAAUUGGAAAUUUCAAUCUGUUAUUGAUAAUAAAUUACCAAAUCCAAAUGAA